AUGUCUGGAAGAAAAGAUCCCGUGAUUCUUUCAACGUGUCCCAAAUCGGCGAGAAAUCUCGUCUCGACUCUCGUGACGUCGCCAAUUUUGGCACGUAGCCAAGGCGUAUGUAUACGACAAAGCAACACAAAAACAUCGUCUACACCAUCCACAACAACAACAACGAUGUCAGCUGAGGCAAUUGUUUACGACGAUGCGUGUGCUGAGCCAGACGGCCAGUCUACCCGUCGGGGGAAGAACCGAUGCAUCGGCCACGGUCCUGACCUCUUUCCUACUAAGAACAUGUUCUGCCUCCAUGUGAUGAUCCGAUGGAUGUCUGGAGCGCGAAUGAGGGCCAUGUUUUUGGUAGAUUGGAAUAGUGGAAUUCAGCGCUAA